GGGCCACGUGACCAGCAAGGCCGGCCGCCAUUUUGUCCUGCGGUGGCUGGUAUUUAGAGCAGGUUGCGCGCUCAGUGGCGGAUCCGCGGCUGUCGAAGGAGGUGCUGGGGGAAGCUGCAGCAGCAACGCCGACGCCGCCCCUGCUCUGAGCGGGAUCCACGCCGACGCCAGCAGCCACCCCCGCUGCUGUUUUAGCUACGCCAUUUUGCUGCUGUCCUCCCUUUUUUUCCCCCCCGAAGGGAAGAAGACGCGGCGGUUCUUAAGGGAUAAGGAGUCCUUCCCGCCAGCCCCGCUGCUGCUUCUUGCCGCCGCCCAUAUCUCCGUGGAGCCCGGUCCCAGCGUCGCCGUCCUUCCCCUUUUCUCUCACGCACCCACACACACACACGUCGCGGUCCGGGCCGGGCUCCUUGCAAACGCCGCAAUGUCGUCGCCCUCGACCAGCACCGUGCCCGAGUACUCCUCCUUCUUCGCCGUCAUGGGCGCCUCGGCUGCCAUGGUCUUCAGCGCCUUGGGAGCAGCAUAUGGCACAGCAAAGAGUGGCACAGGUAUUGCAGCGAUGUCAGUCAUGAGGCCGGAGCUGAUCAUGAAGUCCAUCAUUCCUGUGGUCAUGGCGGGUAUUAUAGCAAUCUAUGGUUUGGUCGUGGCAGUCCUUAUUGCCAACUCUCUCACAGCUGAUAUCAUACUAUUCAGGAGCUUCCUCCAGCUGGGUGCUGGCCUGAGUGUAGGCCUCAGUGGGCUGGCUGCUGGUUUUGCGAUCGGCAUUGUGGGCGAUGCAGGUGUACGAGGGACAGCACAGCAGCCUAGGUUAUUUGUGGGCAUGAUUCUGAUCUUGAUCUUUGCUGAAGUCUUGGGUCUCUAUGGCCUCAUUGUUGCCCUUAUCCUUUCCACAAAGUAAAAAAAAUACAAAACAAAAAUCACCACAAAGUAUGAUGAAACAAAAAUCUUAAGCUCCAGAAUGAAAAUGGUCUCUCCACAAUGUGUACAGUUGUCAUCAGUUUGGUAGUUGAUCUCUUGUAAAUGCGCAAUGUAUGUUAGUGACUCGUCUGUCCUGUGUGUACUUCAAUAUUAAAUACUGGAUGAGCUGCCUCAAGCCAUCCUAGCAAGGCUUGGGGGAAGCUCAUGCAUAAUUUUCCAUCCAUUUUGCCAUUAGAGUACUUUAUGUAUAAAUAUGAAUUAGAAAUGGUAACUUUUUUCUCUUCACUGGAUGUUUUAUUUAUAAGACUUGACAUGUUCAUACAUAUGGAGCAAGAGUUUUCAAUUUCCCAUGCUAUAUAUAUUAAUCUCAUAUUAUAGGUAGAUUAAUACACUGUGGGGUUAAUUGUAAGUGCAGAGAAAUCCUUGGAUGUACUUUGAUUCUCAAAGAUUGCUGUCGUGUUCUGGUAUUGGAGUGUGAGACUGUUUGUGUUUAUACAAAUAACAGCAAAAUGUCUGAGACACUCCUGUGUUCCCAGUAGUAAAAACUGUAUGCUCCGGCAUCAAAGUUGUGCACCCAGCGUUGGGUUUCGCAGUUAUACAUUUCCAGAUAAUAAAAUUUCCUCCACUACAUCA